AUGAUCGCGAUUCCCGGGGGCGGCGGCGGCGGCUGCUGGCUCCGAGGAGCCUCUGUGACAUCCCCCAGCGAGCCCCGCACCGCCUCCGGGCAGGCGGGAGGGCUGCGGGCGGCUGGCGCCGGGUGGCGAGUAGGCGCUGGGCCCCGGGUGAGUGCACAGGGAGGGCGACGAGGCCUGGCGCCUGGGGCCGGCCGCGCUCUAGGGCUCGCAGGCGCUGGGGCUCGGCUCCGGCUCGGGCUCCGCGCCGCUGGCUCUGCGUCGCUCGCACUCCAGGUACGGGUGACUCACACAGUCACUCGCGCCCGCCCCUCGCGCUCACUCGCUCCCCCGCCUCGCCGCCGCCGCGCAGGCCAAACCCACUGGCGCGCCUGGACCGAAGUGGCAGGGAACGUGCACGUCGGGCACCCUGGGAGGGAGGGCGCAGCGGGGGAGGGGGCGGGCAGAGACCCGGAAAGCUCCGCAGACCGCCGCGGGUGCGACUUUGCGGCCUGGGGAGCGAGCCUCGCGCCACCGCCGCCGCAGGCCGGGGAGCCCAGCCAGGGGCACCCUCAUCCCAGGCUGACUGACGUCCCUGGCACCCAAAUGUCGCGGGGAGUGCGGGGCCAGGGUGCGCCCUCCCUCCUCCUCCAGCCAGUAAAACCGGGGACAGCGGCACCCAGUCCCAGGGCGGAGGCCGUCUCUGCUGUGCGCAGCGACGCGCCCAGGCCCAAGGGCCGGAAGAUCCGCGGGGAACCCGGAGACCCGCGUCCCAGAGGCGCCGAGGGUUGCACCGCGCCCGCUCCUACGGGCUUCUUCCGAGAGGUCGCUUCCCGCGCGUGUCCGCGGGAAGUCCUCGGAUCCUAGAUGAGAAAGAGCCUUCUCUCACCGGCUCCCAGACCCCGUGCUUUUUAAUACCUGUCCUUGCAGAGCGACUGGUCAUUUUUGGCCCGAGGCAAGCUUCUCUUGAUUAAUAAAUGACCACGGCUCGUUUUAAGUGUGCAUAGAUGUAUACAUUGUAUUGUUUUGCAAUUCAACACCUCAAAUAUCUGGGAAAAGUUCUUCACCUGCAUUAAUGAAAGCAAUUACAAACUCGUAGUCCAAACCAGAAGAGCCAGAAAAUCAAGUAGAAGGCUCAGGGUAGGAUGAAACCAAAGAGAACAGGAAUCGUUUCUUGCUUUUAAUCAGAUGUCAGGUUAUUGGACUCACUUGAUGAGAGGGAGCAAAAUGAAUCAAACACAGCCUAGGUUCAAAGCCUGACCCCGCCAUCUAAUGACGGGACCUUGUGCAAAUUCUUAGUCGCUCUGUGCCUCAAUUCUUUAAUCUACAAAAUGGGAAUAAGGAUGCAGCUACCUAACAGCUUCUACCCUCCUGCUGUGAGGAUUAAAUGAGUCAGCAGUUCUGAACAGCUUCAAUUGGCCUGGCUCAAGGGAAGCUCUAGGGAAGAGUCAGCUAGGAUUAUUAUAAAUUGGUUAUAACAAAGAAGCGAAUACAUUCCGUUGCUAGCACACAGAUUAAGACUCAAUAAUGCCACAUACCAACUGCCACUGCUCUGACAAAUAUUUCUGUCAUUUCAAAAAAAAAUCAUGGCUGCAGCUUUUCAUGAAAAAAGCAAACCAUUGGUUUCUCGGCCUCUUAAACAGCUGCACUGAUGAACAUAUUCAUAAUAAUGCUGUACUGUUUGACUUUCCAGAAGACGUAA